UGUAGCUUCAAACUACGCCGAACAAUUAUGUGAGCAUAGUGACGAGCAACGUUUGUUGAAAGAUGUUCUGAUAUAAUAUAUUGUUUUAGUUCUGUAUAAAGUGGAAAUAUUUUUGAUUUGAUUUAUUAAAUAAAAUUUUUACGACAAUUUAGAAAAAAUUAUUGCUAUUAUGGAUGAAGAAACAAUUAUUGAUGAUCAGGAUGAAUUAAUUAAUCCUAAUCGUCCAAGAUUAAGAUACAUAGACUAUUAUAUGCGUCCCAAUUGUUUUCAAUUGAGUAAACGCUACACCUUAGUAAUUUUAAUUCACAUGGGAUUUUUUAUCAUAUUUGCAAUGCGUAGUGAUUUAUGUUUUUUUGAUAAUGAAGUUUUUUUGGAAAUGUACAAUGAUACCGAAAAUGAUACCGCUAGGACGUUUCAUAAAAUCUAUGAUAUAGAAUAUGACAUGAACGCAUCAUUUUUUUUGGCUUACUUAUUGGUACAAAUUCCAGCUGCAAUACUCAGUUAUAAAUUUCCAGCACAACGUGUUUUUGGAAUUUGUAUAUUGGCAAGCUCAAUAAUGGCAAUUGUUCAAGCAUUUACAUUAAAUUGGGUUACAUUUGAAUUUGGAUAUGCGGCAUUCUUUCAAGGAUUAGUACAGAGUGCAAGUAUUCCUGCUGUUCAUGGAAUUCUAUAUAAUUGGGUAACACCUACAGAACGUGCAACAUUGUCUACUUUAGCAUAUUCCGGUUCAUUUACAGGUGUAUGCUUUGGUGUGGCUUUUUCAAGUCUGACAUGUAAACUCUUCGAAGCGGAACAUUUGUUUGCAAUUUAUGGUAUUGCGGGUAUUAUUUGGUUUUUGGUAUGGAUAUGGCUUGUAUUUGAGCGGCCAGAGGUUCAUCCAACAAUAGCGGAUUCGGAAUUUGAAUAUUUAAAACGUCAUAUUCAUGUGCCAAAAAUUAAACCACCAAUUCCCUGGAGGAAAAUAUUCUCAUCGUCGCCAUGUUGGGCACUAUUUGUAAUUUAUCUUUGUCGAUCAUUUAAUCCAUAUUACUUGUUUCAAGCUGAUUAUACCCAAUUUAACUAUGUUCUAUUUCAUAUGACAGCUGUUGGACUGGAGAUUCCAAGUGCAAUAAUGACUAUAGCAGUACCAGCUACUGGAUAUUUAGCAGAUCAAAUUAGUAGUAAAACAUCUUUAUCAAUCACAAACAUUCGAAAAUAUUACAUUUGCGGUGGAUUAUUUUUUGAAAUCUUGACAUACAUACCUGGUUUAUUGCUGGAGGAAGAUUCGAUUCCAUAUCUCAUUAAUAAUCGAGUUAUGGAUAUAAUAUUUUAUAGUUUUACAAUAUCUGGAUAUUAUGUUAAUCAUUUAGAUAUUGCACCGAUUUAUGCUUGUGUUACAAUGUGUAUUGGUAAUUUAUUUGGAUCUUUGCUAGGUGCUUUUAUGAGUUUUGGCGGUGGAAGUCAUAAAACUUUUGGAAAUAAAUAUAUUUUUUAUUAUAUGACCGGAUUCCAUUUAUUUGGUAUUAUCUUUUACGGGAUAUGGGGUUCUGGUGAAGUACAACCGUGGGCAAAAACAAAGGAAGAUGAGAAUCAACACGAACAAAAUUCUACCACAAGUAGACAAAAUAGUGUCGAAAAUCCGAAAUAAAAAAUAAAAUAAUAUUAAAAUUACAAAACAUUCUCAGACAAUGUUUAGUAACGCUUAGAGCUUAAAGUAAGAUUAGAUAUUUAUGAACUAAAAUGAGACUAGUAUCAAUUUAAAUUUGUUUAACAUUCAAAAGUUAUAAUUCGACAAAGCAAGAUAUCUUAAACUCCCCGAAUUGUCUACGCUUUUACCUUCAUUCAACAGUAAAGUAGUAGAAGAAUAUAUCUAAUAAGAAGUUUAACCAAAAACUUUUGCCAAUGACCUAUAUUUGUUGACAACUUUUUUUUUGAGACCUAACUGGAGGCCAUCGCGCAUGUUAAUAUCAAGCGUUUUUAUUCAAGUUUGUCAUUGAAUUUUUACCCUAAAAUUUCGAGACUAAGGUCUGAGGCUUUUAUAAUCAUAGAAAAUUUCGAUAAAAAGAUUCGUUAGUGGCAGCAAAGGCUUGAAAAUUUCAUCGACAUGCUACCAAGUCUACCAAAUGCGGCAUUUUUUCAUGAAUCAAUAAAUACUCAGAGCCUGGGUACGUAUUUUCUUUCAAAACUACUUCUUCCGUUAAGAUUAAGACAUCCCCUUUAUGUUUGCGAUGUAAAUGUUAAAUGUAUCGUUUUGAAAAUAAAUUGUUUUUGUUAUCAAAAAUUAUAUAUUAAA